GAAGAAGCAACGACAUCCUUUCAUGAGGACUCCUAAGAAGGUCCGACUUGAUCUACUUAUUUGCCUUGGUUGUGUCUUUGCUGAUUAUCUCGGCGACAACCUCUUGGCACCAUCCUACGACAGUUUCAUAAGCGAGAAAGGUCCCGAGAACUUGGAAUUCGGCAUAUCCACGUCGCUCAUAACAUUAGCGUACAUCUUGGGUAGAGCCCUCUCAGGGACAGUGCUGGGGAGCAUGUCAGACUUCAUUGGUCGAUGGAAUAUUAUUGUGUUCUGCACGUUUCUCACUUCUAUUGGUUUCCUCUUGCAAGCACUGUCGUGGGAUUACUGGUCUCUCAUCGGAUUCCGCCUCUUCACUGGUUUGGUCGGUGGCACGCGUCCCGUUGUGACAGUGUACAUCUCAGACUGGAUAAAAACUCCGGAUAUGCUCACUUUCUGGAUGUCAUUGAUGCCUGUGGCCUCUAGUCUGGCCUCGUUCAUCGGCCCUCUGUUGGGUGGUAUCGUCGUGGAGGCUGAUACGUCAGAGCCACUGAAUUCAGCCUAUAUUGGGUUCGCCCUCAACUUCACUGGAUUCCUGCUCAUGUGGUUCUUCGUGGAUAAGUCGCCGCGAGAUGUCGGUGAGAAGUUGGGCCUGGCGAAGUUCCUAGCUGCGAUUCGCCCUGGAUCACACAAGGAAGUCCAAGUCAAAGAAGGGGAAGAGGCGUCCAUGAGGAACCCCGGCCCGAUGGUCGAAUGGUCGGGUAUUAUCCCUUUCAUUCUGGCUUGUUGCUUCGUCAACAUGGGCACUCAGGGAUGGUCAGUCCUCCUUGUUACAAUGCAACAGGAUAUGGGAUUCUCCAGCCUUGUUAUGGGCCUCAUUAGUGGCUGGUGUGGUAUUGCUAUCAUGAUCAGUCAGUUGUUGUUCCUGCCCUUUGCUAUGAAGAAGUUACACUGGACGAUUACCACGCUGACGAUAUUUGGUUUUGGUAUCUCCACGUGUAUUAUAGUGCCACCUUUCGCCGAGAAGAUUUGGGUUAUCUGCAUUGUCGGGGCUAUUCUGUCUGCCGGUUUGCCGUUGGCUAAUCUAGGAGUGUUUACGAUGUUUCCACGCCUCUGCGACGUAUCGGUAAAAGGCCGCGUUAUGGCACUUACCUCAGUCUCGUCCAACCUGUCGAAGUGCGUGUCCAUUCUAUUGUGCGGAGUGCUGUAUGAUAUCCGCAAAUGGAUUCCCUAUGCUAUGUUGCUUGCCGUGAUGAUGUUGGGAGUUCUCACCGGUGUUGUGCUGAUCCGACUCCUACCUAAAGCGCUGGACCAUCGUCGGCGUAUGAAUCUGGCUAUAGCCGUAGCUAAGACGAGCAGAAGUCGGAAUGAGAAGAAGAGCGUGUGGCUUAAACGUGGUCUGAACGAUCGGUUUGCCUUCGACGCCUUGGAAGAACAGCGGUACUACUACCUUGCACCUUUCGGGGUGGUUAAAGUGGCUGAGAUCGAUGCCUUACUGGAGAUGUCCAAAAAAGCUGUGGAUCGCAUGCCUCGACUAUGUUUCUCGAGCAAAGCGGUAAUCAUACCGGAUAUCAUGAAGUUUCACCUCGGUUGUUGGAGUACGAGGAUGCUAGAGGCUCACGGCUAUCUCAACUGGGAUGCCUGUGAGGAGGAGAUCGAGAUGCUGCUGAAGAACGGCUUCCCGUCUCUUCGUGGUGGUCCUGGAUCGAGUUCUAGCGCGCGACUGAUUGCCUUCUACAACAUCUGUCUCGGCCAUAAGGCAGCGUGUGAAGCUUAUCAUGCUGGGGAAGGGGACUACUCAG